ACAAGAAAAAUAUGGUAGCACUACAAGUGUGUAAAUACACGUGAAAUACAUCUGAGUUGAGUUGUUUAAGAAAUUAUCCAAAACAAAACAAUAUUUUCGACAUGAAUUCAGAAGAAUUUAAGAAAAAUUAUCGUAUAAUUGUGGAAAAGAUCUUUAACAAUUGGCAGAAUCUUCGUUUAGCCGUUGAACAUGGAAUGGGUGGCAGAAAUGGACAAAAAGUGGCUAUAGAAAUCAUGAACUAUACUUAUGAGUAUUGCAUUGGAAACGAUAACAUUACACAGGGUGAACUGCAGGAUGUCAUUGAAGAUUUAAUGGAUCAAGAAUUUGACACUAUAUGCGAAGAUGGGUCAGUGCCUGAAAUAUGCCAACAUUUGUUACGUUACAAACACAUGAGCCUACAGGGCCAAUACGUUGAAAUUGAACAAGAGUUGAGUAAAUUGCCGCAAGGAAACGAAUGGCUGAGACCUGAUGUCAAAGUAACCUACACUCCUAUCGAGGGUGAUUCUUCAUCAGAAGACGGCAGUGAUACAGAUGAUAAUGACGAUGAUGACUUAAUGGAUAUUGAGGGGGGUAUUGAUGAGGAACAGGCGACCGGCAGUAGAGUUACUAGAUCUCAGUCCCGCAAACAAAAAGAUGAUUUUGUCGAACCAGAAGAUGGCUGGACCACUGUACGAACCAAAAGAAAAUAAAUUCUAUUUAAUUUGUAGACUUAAUUAAAAACAAAGCCAAUAAAUUUUUAUUCAAAUAA